CACGCUCUCAUCAUUUUCCAGCUCUAUGUUGCCAGGUGUAGGGAGGAGGUGGAAGAAGAGGCGGCCCUAUGAGAGGCGGCGGCGGAGCAGCGCCUCGCAGUGGAGGCGGGAGGCUUCGCCGUGACCGAGGAGAGAAAGGGACGAGAGAACGAGUAAUGGCGGCCAGUUAGUGGUGGGUGACUGAGCUGAGAAGGAGGAGCGCUCCGCGGCUUGGGGCCCUUGUUCUUUGGCUCGGCGGCGUCGCUCCUCACAGCAAGAGGCGGUGGAGUCAGCGGCAGCGCCGCCCUUCCCGGGGUGGCUGCAGUGAGGCCAUGGUGAACACCCGAAAGAGCUCCCAAUCUCAGCGUCUCUCCGGGAAAGCGGCGGCGGCGGCGGCGGCGACGGCGACGGUGGUCCCGGGGUCCGGCAGCCAUUUCAUCUCAUCCAGGACCCGCUUGUCUAGGACUAGUGCUAAAGCAGCGGCAGCGGCAGCCGCGGCGGCGGCAGCAGCGGCGGCCAGUCAGGAUGAGGACUCGGUCCGGAGAGAUGAUGGUAGUGAUGGUAGUUUGAGCGAUAGUCACAUAUCUCCUCCAGCCAAACGUACCUUGAAACAUGCUGAUUCUGUAUGCAAAGACAAAUCAAAAUCUCGCAGUACUGGACAGCGAGAGGAAUGGAGUGUCUCAACUGGUCAGUCCCGGUUAACUUCUCAAUCUGGUGCUACUCUACCAAAUGGUCGUAGUUUAUCUCUCAAAAGUUGUUCUCUUCGAGGAGAAAAAAAGGGAGACGCUGACCAUGCCUGUAUAAAUGGAGGCAGAGAAAUUAGAAAAAGUUGCCGGUCUAGAAAAAACAGAUUUGAAAGUCUCAAUCAGAGUUUACUGUUUGACCAAUUGGUAAACAGUACUGCUGAAGCUGUUCUUCAGGAAAUGGACAAUAUUAACAUCAGACGGAACAGGCGAUCAGGUGAAGUGGAACGGUUGCGUAUGUGGACAGAUACUGAAUUUGAAAACAUGGAUAUGUACUCAAGAGUGAAAAGGAGGAGGAAAUCAUUAAGGAGAAAUAGCUAUGGAAUCCAGAACCACCAUGAGGUUUCCACAGAAGGUGAAGAAGAAGAAUCUCAAGAAGAAGAUGGGGAUAUUGAAGCAGAGGAGGCAGAAGGAGAAGAAAAUGAUCGUCCGUAUAAUCUCAGACAAAGAAAAACAGUAGAAAGAUAUCAAGCGCCUCCUAUAGUUCCAGCUCACCAAAAGAAAAGGGAAAACACAUUAUUUGACAUUCAUAGAUCUCCUGCAAGAAGAAGCCAUAUCAGGAGAAAGAAACAUGCCAUUCAUAGUAGUGAUACAACCUCUUCAGAUGAAGAACGUUUUGAAAGAAGAAAAUCUAAAAGCAUGGCAAGAGCGAGAAACCGGUGUCUGCCAAUGAAUUUCAGAGCAGAAGAUUUGGCUAGUGGAAUCUUACGCGAACGAGUAAAAGUUGGAGCAAGUUUGGCUGACGUGGAUCCAAUGACUCUUGACAAAUCGGUCCGUUUUGAUAGUAUAGGUGGGUUGAGCAAUCAUAUUCAUGCACUUAAGGAAAUGGUUAUAUUUCCUCUUCUGUAUCCUGAAAUAUUUGAAAAAUUCAAAAUUCAACCACCAAGGGGCUGUUUGUUUUAUGGUCCUCCUGGAACAGGUAAAACCUUGGUGGCUAGAGCUCUGGCCAAUGAAUGCACUCAUGGGGACAGAAAAGUUGCCUUUUUUAUGAGGAAGGGAGCAGACUGCCUCAGUAAAUGGGUUGGUGAAUCUGAACGGCAGCUUCGACUCCUCUUUGAUCAAGCGUACCUGAUGAGGCCAUCCAUAAUCUUUUUUGAUGAAAUAGAUGGCUUGGCCCCAGUUCGCUCCAGUAGACAAGACCAAAUUCACAGCUCUAUUGUAUCUACAUUACUUGCACUCAUGGAUGGAUUGGACAACAGAGGUGAAAUAGUUGUCAUUGGUGCUACAAACAGACUUGACUCUAUAGAUCCAGCACUCAGGAGACCAGGUCGCUUUGACAGGGAAUUUCUUUUUAGCUUGCCUGAUCAAAAGGCAAGAAAGCACAUUUUACAAAUUCAUACCAGGGACUGGAAUCCAAAAUUGUCCAAUCAUUUUUUAGGAGAGCUAGCUGAAAAAUGUGUUGGAUACUGUGGCGCUGACAUAAAAGCACUUUGUACUGAAGCUGCCUUGAUUGCCCUGCGACGGCGCUAUCCUCAGAUCUAUGCGAGCAGUCAAAAAUUGCAGCUUGAUGUUUCUUCAAUAGUUCUCAGUGCACAAGACUUCUAUCAUGCAAUGCAGAACAUCGUGCCUGCUUCUCAACGUGCGGUAACAUCAUCAGGGCAUGCUUUGUCUCCCAUCAUAAGGCCAUUGUUGGAAAGAACCUUCAACGAAAUGCUGGCUGUUUUACAUAAAGUAUUUCCUCAUGCUGAAUUCAGUCAGGGUGACAAAAGAGAAGAUGCACCAAAUUUAAUUUUGGAUGAUAGUGAGGAUGAAAAUGUUUCAUCAAUAUUUGAAUCAAGUUGCCAGCCGGAAUCACCAAAGAAACAAUUACCAGCUGCUGUACAUAAACCUUACCUUCAUUAUACAAUGUCAGCUUAUCACCAGCCCACAUCUUACAGGCCGAGAUUACUGCUUUCCGGAGAAAGGGAUUCAGGUCAGACUUCACACCUUGCUCCAGCUUUAUUACAUUCUCUUGAAAAAAUUGCUGUACACAGAUUAGAUCUGCCAGCACUUUAUUCGGUCAGUGCCAAAACGCCUGAAGAAUCAUGUGCACAGAUAUUUCGUGAAGCAAGAAGAACCCUACCAAGUAUUGUUUACAUGCCUCAUAUUGGUGAUUGGUGGGAAGCUGUCAGUGAAACUGUGAGAGCAACUUUUCUAACUUUGCUGCAAGAUAUUCCAUCGUUCUCACCAAUAUUUCUACUUUCUACCUCUGAAACAAUGUAUAGUGAGUUGCCUGAAGAGGUGAAGUGCAUCUUUAAAAUUCAGUAUGAAGAGGUUUUUUAUAUUCAAAGACCGAGUAAAGAAGACAGGCUCAAAUUUUUCCAAGAGCUGGUUCUCAAUCAGGCAUCAAUGCCUCCUCCAAGGAGAAAACACACAGCUGUUUCCGAUAUGGAGGUGCUUCCUCUUGCGCUGCCACCUCCUAAUCGCCAGUUAUCAGAGACAGAAAAGCAGAGAAUGGAAGACCAGGAAGAAAACACAUUGAGAGAGCUGCGAUUGUUUCUCAGAGAUGUUACCAAGAGGCUGGCUACAGACAAGCGCUUUAACAUCUUCAGCAAACCGGUGGAUAUUGAAGAGGUUUCAGAUUAUCUUGAAGUGAUCAAAGAACCAAUGGAUCUUUCUACAAUAAUAAGUAAAAUUGAUAAACACAACUAUUUAAGUGUAAAGGAUUUUCUAGUAGAUAUAGAUCUCAUCUGCAGCAAUGCUUUGGAAUAUAAUCCUGACAAAGAUCCUGGAGAUAAAAUUAUUAGACACAGAGCCUGUACUCUGAAGGAUACGGCACAUGCGAUCAUUGCUGCUGAGCUGGAUCCAGAAUUCAACAAAAUGUGUGAAGAAAUUAAGGAAGCAAGAAAAAAACGAGGCUUAUCAGUUGUAACAGAGCAAACAAAUGCUUAUAGUUCCACUGUGCAGAAAACAGAAAACAGAGCUGAAGACGCAUUCCUGAACCGGCAAAAAAAUGCAAUGACAGUGUGGCACAAUUCUGCAAACAAAUGUGCAUUUCGAUUGAGAAGGAAAUCAAGACGACGUUCACAGUGGGGGAAGGGCAUUAUUAAAAAGAGAAAAGUGAAUAAUUUGAAAAAAGAUGAAGAUGAUGCCAAAUUUGCAGAUGAUGAAAAUCCAGUGGACGAUAACAAACUCCUGGAAAAUGGGGAGCUUGAAGGAAGCAUCGACUGCACUGAGGAGAACGGAGAGGAAACCGGAGAUCUUUCUCUAACAAACGAUGAGUCAUCAUGUGAUGUCAUGGAUAUACAUGGAGAACAGAGACUUGAUAAUGGGACAGUCGGGAAAGAAAAUAGCAUUCCGUCUACAGAAGAGAGCUCCAAUGAAUCCUUGGUAGUAAAUAACAAGGUUAUGAUCAAUGUAGAAGGAGGCUCUAAGGAGGAGUUGGGUUCCCAGAGGGACCAUCUAAAUGGUGAGGCCUCUGAAGGCACACCUCUUCUACCAUGUCAGUAUGACAAAUGUGAACCGUCAAAUGUCAGUCUCAUUGUUGAUAUGGGUACGCCCAAACAAGUGGUAACAACUGAUGACCACCCUCCCCCAAAAUCAGAGGCUUCAAAUUAUAGUCCAGAAGGAGAACAUGUACUACAACAGUCUGGUAGUGAGAUAUCACAGUGCAGCAAUAACGAAAAGAAAUCACCAAGCACAGAUAUGGAAACUAAAGAAACGGAAUCAGAUAAAGAAGGUACAUUGAAAAAUAAGAAACUUCGUAAAAUUGCUUUGACACAAGUUCCAGAAGAACAGUUAGAUCCUAUACCUCCUGUAGUUGUUGAUCGUGUCAGACUAAUGAAUUUACUCGAUUUAUUGGUUAAAAAAAGUGACAACUUGACAGUUGACCAGCUGGAGAGGCUAUACUCUCUACUUAAUCAGUGCAUCUAUCGGCAUCGUAAAGAUUAUGACAAAUCGCAACUUGUACAAGAAAUGGAAAGAACAGUUGAUAUGUUUGAAACAUUCCUGUGAACACAUUUCUCCAAGUUGUGCAGGUUUGUCUUUUCAUUGGCUGCUCAGGGGAGAGCAGCCUUCUGAGCCAUUCGCUUUCCACUUGCACCAAGUAUAUGCAGAGCCUUGGUCUUAACAUGCUCGCUCUUGGUCUCACGUUCUGUUAUGAAUUUGGUGCUAUCGUCUCAGGUAACUGAAACCAGCCAGCCUACAAGAACCAAACAGAACUUCAAAAUAUUUGUAUCUUGAUAUAAAUAAAGAAUAUAAUGCCACAACACAGAGAUUUUUUUGGUGCUACAGAAACUGCUUUCAUUUCUGCUGUCUACAUGUGUUAUCUUAUGAGAAGUUUCAGGCAAAACGGAGCAGGCUGACAAAACACCCACAAACUGGAUAGAGCAGAUCUGAUUAUUUAAGUGGGCAAUUUCCAAGAUUUGUUUUUCUUUCUUUCUUUUUAUUCUCUGAGGUAAAGGACAGAAGCCUGUUUUUAAAGCUGGCAGUGAAGAAUUGUGGUACAAAGGAAUUGACUUCGGUAUACAAUAAUAUGAAGAUGAGGCUCUUUAGAGCUGCCUUCAAUGUGCCUUUUUAGUCAGUGGUGAUGGUGGAGAAGGAGGAGGAGGAGGAGGAGGAGGAAGUUAUUAAAAAGUUGAGAUUGUAGCCAAUGACAGAGUUAGUUAUUUUUAAAAGCCUGUGUUCCCAAAGAACAGAUUCAGGUUCCUGCACUGUCAAAUGGCAGCCAGUAGUAUUUUUUAACAUUUCUCUGUUGCUCUCCAGGUGAUCCAAAUUAUGAAAAUAAGUUUAAUCUCAUAUUAUCUUGAAAUGAUAAGAUACAUUCAUUUCUAAAACAAAUUUAUACUCCUAAAAAAAAAGUCUCACUGUGGAUAUCUAAGAUGGUUGUAGUUAUGUGGGGUCCUUUUUUGUUGUUGUUGAUGUUGCUCCAUUUUAUUUGUUUAAAGUCCUUAAAAACAGGUUUCUUUUUAAACUUCCAUUAGUGUGGAAGUGAAGAUUUGCUGGGUGGUCAUAGACAGGAAAGGCAAGUAGGUCCUGCAGUUCUUCAUCUCCGUAUGAAUUAGACCAAACUGAUUCACCCCAAUUCAUUUUGGGACAGUAUUAAAGAGGAAAUGACCAAGUAGCCUUAAAGGGUUAGUUCUUGAACCUCUGAAUUCUGCCCCUGAAUUAUUGCCGUUCUCCAGAGCUCAGUGAUAGUUUUCAGACACUUUUCCUGUUUUAGGAAUUAAAGGAAGAGGACAUUCCAGGCAGCCAACAAUCUGCUACACUCAGAUUUGUUUCACAUCAACAUGUAAAGAUCAGCAUGUUUCCGUGGCUUCUCUUGGUCUUAGUGUCAUCUAUAAACUAAUAUCCCUUUAUAAUAUAAGCUGUAGUUGAGGGAGUACAGCCCCCCCCGCCCCCCCAACAUAUGCAGUUCAUUGUGUUUUGCUUCCAAGAAGCAAAAAUGAAAUCACUCAAUGUUGGACUACUGCAGAGAUGCUCAGCUACCUCAGCUUUUUUGUAUUUCAGUUACCAACAGUGUUUACGGGAGAUUGUAAUCUGCCCUGCUGCCAUUUACAUGCUGAAGCUUAAGGUACUUGUCACCCCGUGUGCUGGCCGCAGCUGAGAAUCCGGCCCUGGCUAUCGGCUAGACCAGUAGUUCCUUCCCUUUUUUUUUUUUCUUUGCAAGUUGACAUCCGAGCCUGGUCCUUCUAGCUGAGCUCCCCAGGCCAACCUCGCUCGCUCGCUCACUGGCUCCUGGGUCCCUGAGAGGCAUUGAGGGGAUGCUAUUCUGAAUGUGACUUCUGUAGAAAUGCUGUAUUUUUAGAUGGGAAAGUGCGAUUAAAAUCAAAACGUUUUAAAUUAGUACUUCGUUUUAGAAACUUGAUUGGGGGGACUUUCUCAUUUUUUUCUGUCAAUAUUUAUUGCCAUUAUAUCUGCUUAGGCCAUUUCUCUGUCAGUCCAUUAGCAUUUUGUAAUAUGAUGAGGAUUGUUAUAAAACUUUCAGAAAUAAAAUGUAGCAGAUUUUUUGUAGCAAGUUUCUGGUAAAACAAUUUUUUGCAAGUCUCAGGUUCUUGCAGCAUUUUUUAAAGAUAUUGUAGUUCAACGAUUCCUUAGUUCAUGUAGCACUUGUGAGAAGAAAAACUGCAUACAUUUUUAACAGGUUGUUAAAUUUGUACAAGUUUAAAUCCUUUAAAAUAGUUGUCAAAUAAUUUUCAAAAGGGUAUCUUAAAUUCAAGUCUGGCAUUAAGAAUGCUUCCGGUUUAUCAGUUGAGGGGGAAAAUAUUUGUAGUUUUUAAUGUUGAUAAAAAGAAAAGUGAGGAACUGCCUCUAAUUGUUAUAGAUUUUUGAGAAGAAUUAGCUUCUAUAAAUGUGUUAGUGGGCAACAUGAAUAAAAUUAUAUAUCCAUCCUUCUGGCUCCAAAACCACACUAACCAUGUAUUACUUUUCUUUAUUAAUAGCUUAGCAAUUGUAAAGUUAAACCUGUUAUUCUAUUCAUGUUGUCAGGUCACCUCUCUUUGUAUUUUUGUUCUUGUUUUGCCACAGAGAAUUGGCAAUAAAUUCAAUUCCUGUAUCUUGUUAUGAAUCACCAAUGAGCUCCUGUGCAAGGCCACAUCCUAGGCCAGGCGGAGGUUAAAUUUCUGUGGGGAUAAUGAUGAAACUGCUCUAAGAUAACCAUGGCUGUGGAGUUAAUUGUGUUUGCAAGCUUGAAUUUCAGCUGUGAUUAAUUUAUGU